AAAAUACUUCUUCCACUCCACUGCCCCAUUUUUACUUUUAACGUUGAUACUGAAUUACUCUAGUGAGGAAUACUCUUCUCACAGGCUAAAAGUUUUUGAUCCGUUUGGGUGAGGACUGGGAACUUUCUGCUGAUAUUAUUGUGCACUGUGAUUUUUGCUUUUCCAGGAAGAGCCUACUGAAGAAUGGCAAGCACUGUGGAUGCAGUAGGAGAUCCAGUUCCCAAUUCAUCUGUCCUGAUGGCAUCAUGGAAACACAUAUCAACCAAUUGUCGUAAUGAGAAUUUGGCCUUCCUCAAAUGCAAGAAGGCUGAUGGAAACCCCGAGAAAUGCCUUGACAAAGGCCAACAAGUUACUCGCUGCGUGCUUAGCCUCCUGAAAGAUCUUCACCAGAGGUGCAACAAAGAGCUGGAUUCUUAUGCAGGGUGCAUGUAUUACCAUACGAACGAGUUUGAAAUGUGUCGGAAAGAGCAAACAGAGUUCGAGAAAGCAUGUCCGUUUGAUUAAACGACAAAAGUUCUCUCCAGUCUUAUGAACUGAAUAAAUUCACCAGAUCUGCAACAAGUGGAUUCUUCUUUUGAAUGUAGUUUUGAGUGACUGUUUCUGAUUUGGAUUCCACCAUUCUGAAUAAUAAGAUAUUUUCAUGGGUUUGCUUUUAAGCGCCAAAGAGAUGCCAGAGUCAAGUGUUCAUUUCUAGUAUGUUUUAACAGUGAUGAUUUAUUUGUCUAAACUCGUUGAGUUCAUCUUAA